GCCUGGAUCUGGAAGGCUCGCCUGGGGGGUCCCGUCUGGACACCUGGGCUUCAAACGCGAGAGACUUCUUGGCAGCGCUUAAGUGCUGGGCAUCAGCACAGUCGCGGGAGGAGGGAGACGCCAGUCGCGGGACCCCCCUCCCCCCCACCUUUCCUGCCCCGCCCGGGGGUGACUCUCCAGCCACCUGCCCUCCAGGGCGGCGGCUGCUGCUGCACUUUCUGCCCUGCUUCUCGCUGCUGCUCGGAUCAUGUCCGCUAAGCUUCUGGCGGGUUUCUUCCUCCUGUCGGUAUUCCAAGCCUGUUCAAGAAAGGUUGAAGAGGAUGACUUCGAAGAUGUCACAACAAACCAAAAAUGGGUGAUGUCUCCAAAAGCACAUGACACUGAUGUGACACAGUUGUUAAAUCAAUUGCUGAGUGAAUAUGAUAAAAAGCUACGUCCAGACAUUGGAAUGAAACCGACUGUAAUUGAUGUUGACAUAUAUGUAAACAGUAUUGGCCCUGUGUCAUCAAUAAAUAUGGAAUAUCAAAUUGAUAUAUUUUUUGCUCAGACGUGGACUGACAGCCGCCUUCGUUUUAACAGCACCAUGAAAAGAAGUCUAACCCUCAACAGCAAUAUGGUUGGGUUAAUUUGGAUCCCAGAUACUAUCUUCAGGAAUUCUAAAACUGCAGAAGCUCAUUGGAUUACUACGCCAAAUCAGCUCCUGAGAAUAUGGAAUGAUGGGAAGAUCUUGUACACAUUGAGGCUUACCAUCAAUGCUGAAUGCCAGUUGCAAUUACAUAAUUUUCCAAUGGAUAAGCAUUCAUGCCCACUGGUGUUCUCCAGCUAUGGCUAUCCUCGAGAAGAAAUGAUGUACAGAUGGAGAAAAAACUCAGUAGAGGCUGCUGAUCAGAAAUCUUGGAGACUUUAUCAGUUUGACUUCAUGGGUCUCAGAAAUACCUCUGAAAUUGUGGAAACAUCAGCAGGUGAUUAUGUAGUCAUGACUAUAUACUUCGAUUUAAGUAGAAGAAUGGGAUACUUUACUAUUCAAACAUACAUUCCCUGUAUAUUAACAGUUGUCCUAUCUUGGGUAUCCUUUUGGAUUAAAAAAGAUGCCACACCAGCAAGAACAGCCCUAGGUAUCACCACUGUAUUAACCAUGACAACUCUCAGCACCAUUGCAAGGAAUUCCUUACCCCGAGUUUCCUAUGUCACUGCCAUGGAUCUGUUUGUGACUGUGUGCUUCUUAUUUGUCUUUGCUGCUCUGAUGGAGUAUGCAACUCUCAACUACUACUCCAGCUGCAAGAAGCUACACUGUACAAAGAAGAAAAAGUCGCUACCGGAUGUUAGUUUUGGUCACUUGAUGAAUUAUUCUGUACUUGAGAUGAGACCUCCUCCUACAGUCAUCGCAUUGAAUAAUGCCAUGUACUGGCAAGAAUUUGAAGACAAUUGUAUCUAUGAAUGCUUGGAUGGGAAGGACUGUCAAAGCUUCUUCUGUUGUUAUGAAGAAUGUAAAUCAGGCUCGUGGAGGAAAGGACGGAUACACAUAGACAUCUUAGAACUAGACUCUUAUUCAAGGGUCUUUUUCCCUACAUCUUUCCUGCUGUUCAACUUGGUGUACUGGGUUGGAUACCUCUAUCUCUAGGAGCAGAAAAGGAAACUGUGUUUUCACACUUCUUAGGGAGAUGGCAAACAUGAAGAACAGGACACAGCCAGUUUCAUCUCAAGUCUAAAGGUCACCUUACCUUUUCUCAUCAAAGAAGAAGACAUUAUUUAUUCCUUUGCCUGAAAAAAGCAACAUUAUUGAGUUCAAGUAUGUGAUUUUUGCUAAGUAAACCAGUCACUGUUGUGUUACACAUCAUAGUUUGUACAUGAUGGAGCAUUUACUGUUUUCUCUGGGUUACAGAUUGCUAUGUAGCACUCAGGCAAAGAAUUAUGGGCAAGUACCAUGUAGAUUUUCUGUUCUUAAGGUCUUUUCUAUUUUAUGGGGGCUCAAAUCAACCCUUAUUGGUGUAGGUUAUCCAGGAGGCCAUCAACUUUGCCUAGAGCUAAGUUUGAUCACCACCACUCUAUGAAAAGCCACUGAAUUCACUUUUAAGAGUCAACUUCAAGGAGAAUUUGCAGAUUUCAGCACUUGCUUCUCUCAAGAAUAGACACAGAUGUUACUUAAAAUGCAUUUUAAUAAUUUAGCAUUAUCCCCUUUUACUGUUCAAAUACUGCAGGAAAUGAAUUGUUUUCUUGAAACCUGACAAGGCUUAGCUUGUUUAUGAUAGCAUAGAAGAAUGUAGCUGAUAGGACAUAGGAUUCAUUAUAUAAUAGCACUAGGAGGAUGUGAUUAAUUGCAGGCUGCAAUUUCUCCCAUGCAUACUAAAGGUUUUUAAUUUGGAGGGUUUUUUAAAAAAACUAUAGAUCCAACAUGUUCUGUUCAUCCAGAUCCAAAUCUCUGUAUCAAAAUCAGAGUUCUGCCUGAGCUCAAAGAUGCACACCAACGUCUUGUACACAAAAAGGUCCACAUUCAUUCCACGGGAAGACUAGUAAUCUGUAUGUGCAUUAUUUUUGCAUUCAUGGGUUAGAUUCCUCUGUUUAAAUGAACGUGGAAGUGUUUGAAAGGUAGGAGAUCCCAUACACAUUGGGAUACCUGACUGAGAAGUACUUUCUGGACUGAAGAAAUAGAGUUUUUUCAUAACUGCAGAUCAAUAGUAGCCUUAUGUUUAUGUGCAUACAUGACUGUAGAUGUUGUUUUUUUAAAAAAAAACUGCAGUAGAGGUUCAGCUUUGAACAGAGUUUGAGAAGUUCUUUGGUACUGGGAAGUUAUUAGGAUUUUUUUUAAAAAACAGAUUUAAAUUAGAAAUGUGUUUUGUAUUUGGGGAACAUGUUGCAGACAUUAGAUUGCUGAAAAGUGUCAUUUUUUUGUGUUGUAAAUGAUUCAUUUUUGGCAAACCCAUUCCUUUUCCAGAUUAUUUUUGCCAAAAUAAAUGUAUCAACAAUGUCUGCAUUUAUUAAAAA